ACGUCAUCCAAUGCGACGGCUUCUGAAGCCACACUGCCACCGUCUCAAGGCUGUUGUUGAUUGAGGUAGAAGUGUGAUCGAUUUCAGAAAGAAUCUCAUCGACAAGAGGCAGGCAAGAAAAAGAAGAAGAUACCAAAAAUGUAUCCAGCUGGCCAGAAGAGUUUAGAGAGAGAAUCUCAACGUGAAGAGGAUGUCUCUGAAAACAGAAACAAAAGAAAGGGCAGUCCUAACAUUCAGAGACCCCACAAAAUUAUAAACCGUAUCAAAGUGAAAGACUGUAAUCCUCCUGAAGACUUAAACAGAUUGGGCUCCAGUUUGGGCAGACGCUGCUACUUGAAGGACAGUAAUGCCCACAAGCCAUCAGAAUCCUCGAAGACUAACACAGUGAGGCCCGAGAAGAAAUUGUGUCCAAAUCAAACUGGAGAAGAUUUUCAAGAGAAUGACAACUUGUCCUCUCUUCAGGGUCGUCCACAAAUUAAACAACCUGAUAAGAAUAGGAAGAAACUGGCAUCUGCAACAAAGAACUUGGUAAUGGCCUCUCAGCACCCUAGAUUUCAGCCUGUUGUGAAGCUAACAAGGAUUGAUGCCAUCAAAUCUCAAGGAGUGUACAAUCUAAAUCCAAUCCGCCAACAGUGUGUGAGAACAUUUAAAUACAAAUUGAAUUCUAAGGAUAAUGGAGGGAUUCAUGGGAGUAAGAAACCAUAUCACUGUCCUGAAGGUGGGAAACAAUUCUCAGAUAGUCACAUGCCUAAGCAACACAGAGAAGAUAAUACAGGGAAGGAGUCAUACCACCGUUCUGAAUGUGUUAAGAACUCUUCAAAACACAGCCAUACCACAACUCCCAUUGUAGAGAAACCAUAUUUGUCUAAACGUGGCAAACGAUUCUCACAAGUGAGCCACCUUCAGACAGACAUGAUUGGUUACAGAGGACAGGGUUUAUAUCGUUGUCCAGCAUGUGGUAAACAUUUCUUUGACAAGAGCCAUCUUUGCAGACACAAAAGAAUUCACACUGGAGAGAAACGAUAUUGUUGUUCUGAAUGUGGCAAACAGUUCUCAAAAUCAAGCAAUCUUCAGACACACAUGAGAGUGCACACAGGAGAACAGCCAUUUUCCUGUUCUGAAUGUGGCAAACAGUUCUCACAAGCAGGCCAUCUUCAGACACACAUGAGAAUGCACACAGGAGAACAGCCAUUUUCCUGUUCUGAAUGUGGCAAACAGUUCUCACAAACAGGCCAUCUUCAGCAACACAUGAGAUUGCACACAGGAAAACAGCCAUUUUCCUGUUUUGAAUGUGGCAAACGAUUUUCAAGUAGCAGUAAUCAUCUGAGGCAUUUAAGAGGUCACACUGGUGAGAAGCCCUAUUGCUGUCCUGAAUGUGGCAAAAGAUUUUCCAACACAAGCAAUUUUCUGCGUCAUGCAGAAGUCCACAAUAAAGACCAUCCUUAGGCCUGUUCUGAAUGUGGCAAGAAAUUCUCAACUUCGUAGACAUAUAAGAACACACAUUUGAUAGAGGCCAUCCUCGUUUCCUGAUUGUGACAAGCUAUUCACCGAUAACAGCAGCCUUCAUAGACACAACAGAAUUCAUUCUGGGUUAAGGCCAUAUUGUUGCCUUGAAUUUGGCAAGCGAUUCAUACAACCCUGCAGUCUUCAGCGACACAUAAGAACUCACACAGGAGAAAAGCCAUACUGUUGCUCUAAGUGUGGAAAAACAUUCAUACAGAAAACACAUGAAAAGUCAUGCUAAAAAGGCAAAGUCCAAAGAGACUGUAAAUAACAAAAUGUAAAUCUGAAAUAAUUCAGUCAGGUGUGGAAAGAAAAUUGGAAUUGCUCUGCUAGUUGGUUACACAGAAUGCAUUUGACAAAAAGUUGCAGACUCAUUUAGGCAACCCUGCUUAUUAAUUUACUGUAAGUGGCUUUUGCACUAAUGACUAUUGCACAUUGUACACAGGUCUACUUUACAAGUUAUAAUGUUAUUUAUCUUAUACUUCUAUACUUUUUAAUAUUUAUUGUACUACGAAGUUGAGAGAGAAACAGUAUUUUGUUUCUCCUGUGUGCUCUGCACAUAUAGUUAAUUGACAGUAAAAGGCUAUUUGAUUUGA